CUUUGUUUACUUGCCAACGCUCCUCACAAAUAUAAAAAAUAUUUUCGAUCACGUCGCAAUUUUACUGAUUGAAGCUCCUCAAUAAACCCAAUUAAAAUGGCGAUGAAAGUGUCCAUGAUUCUGCGCAUCACUAUCAUUGCGUUGUGUAUUGCCACCGUGAUAAUCCCGUGGGUCUGGAACGCAUGUAUUCUUGCAAUGGAGAGCCUCUCGGCAAUGGGGCUCGCAGUAGUAGGCAUGGUGGUUGCCAUCGGCAUUUUGGUGAUUAAUACUGGCGAGCCGCUGCAUUGCAAGAUUAUUGAGGGAUUGAUGGGCUGCCUGAUGGUGAUCGCCGGACUCCUGCAGCUCAGAUUCAGCGGCAACGACUGCAACGUCCUCGCCUUGCUGAUUUGCCUUUUGGCAGCAGGCGUCAUUUUCAUUGUUGACAUGGUGCUUCUCAUUUUGGGCAAGGAGUAAACGGAAUAGCAUUAUUCCUCCAUCUGGGCAAGAGGUCUAUUCAUUGCUAUGCAUAUCUAUUCAUAUCCUCUGCCAAUGUUGUUAAAUUAUUAAUGAAACAUUUUGACAUUUAUAUAUAUACAUUGAACAAAUUUUAAUAAACCAUUUUGGAUAA